GUGGCCAGGGAGGGCUGCAGCAGUGGUGAGCAGGUGAGCUGAUGUGACAGCUCUCGGCAUUCAGAAGCCUUCGGGCUGCUAUCAACCCCAGGACCUCACGGAUGACACUAUAGCGUGGGGUGGCAAAGUGAUCCCAGAUGGCACAGGUGCCGUGUGAGUGCCCUGUGAUUACAAGGAGAAGGCGGGGUAAAAAUGGCAAUCAGGCCUUCCAGCCCAGAGUCUCAGAACUGAGGACGCCCUACAGCAGGAGGUGACGCUGAAGCUAGCUGGCCCUCCUCAAUCAAGCUAUCCAGCCAUGUUCCACGUAGGGAAACGGAGAGCAGAGGGUCAGCCUUGGCCACCUAACAAAACCAGGGCCCAAGACCCCAGGCUGGGCCUCCAGUAAUCAAGGGCCGGAACUGAGCUGACGAAGGCCUGCACCCUAGUUCCGGUGUGGGUGGAGGGGCCGGCCCUGAUUUCGAAACUCGUCUUCCUCUCCUGACGCUGGCAGCCAAGUGCAGCCUCUGCAAAAGGGACUCGUGCGGCAGGCGAAGGCAGCCGUUCGCCGCGGGCAGUCCUCCGCCGGAACGGCUCUGCCGCUGCCUGGGCCUGCGCCCCUCUCUCCCCGAACUCCUAUCUCUGACUUCAGGGCCCCGGGGGCCGCCUCCCCACAUCGCUGGGCCUGCAGACACCGGCCAGGUGCCAGGGGAAGGUGCUUCCCGCUCAGCCGGCGAGCACUUAGUGGCGUCUCCUAGUUGCUCGUCGCCAGGACGGGUGCUCGAUGAUGCGAGGGGAGCCGGGGCGCCCCACUUCACCCGCACCCCCCGGCAGAGUCGGUGACCGCGGGACCUAGGGUAGGAAGACCGGGGCGAGCGAGGGAUCCACGGGGGAAACGCAGGCCGCCCCAGCGGACCCGGGCUCGACCGAGAUCGGGGUGCAGACCUAAGGUCGGGCAUCUCCUCGGGCGCGCGCGGUGGCUCCAGCUCGCGCUGGCCUGGCCGCGGUUGCCAUGGUUGCGGGGGGACAGGGCGCGCGCGAAGCCCCGCCCCGGCCCGGCGCAGCCCCGCCCGCCCCGCCGCCCGCUCCGCCCUCCCUGCCGUCCGCGCUGCUGCUGCCGCCGCCGCCGCCGCCGCCGCCGCCGCCGCCACCGCCACCGCCACCGCCACCACCGCUACUGCUGCGGGGGCCGCGGGGGGCGCAGCUGGGGCGCGGCUCGGAGGGGAGGCUAGGGGCCGUGCCAGGCUCGAAGCCGAGGCGGGGCCGGGAUGCGGCGCUGAGGCCCAGCAUGGCCAGCCCGUGCCCCACCUUCCUGCUGCACCGGCUCGUCUGGGCGAACCGGCAUCGCGAACUGGAGGCCGCACUGCACAGCCACCAGCACGACAUUGAACAGGAGGACCCCCGCGGGCGGACCCCGCUGGAGCUGGCCGUGUCUCUGGGAAACCUGGAGUCUGUGAGAGUGCUCCUUCGACACAAUGCCAACGUGGGCAAAGAGAACCGCCAGGGCUGGGCAGUCCUGCAGGAGGCAGUCAGCACUGGAGACCCUGAGAUGGUGCAGCUGGUGCUCCAGUAUCGGGACUACCAGAGGGCUACACAGAGGCUGGCAGGCAUUCCGGAACUGCUCAACAAACUUCGCCAGGCCCCCGAUUUCUACGUGGAGAUGAAGUGGGAGUUCACCAGCUGGGUGCCCCUUGUGUCCAAGAUGUGCCCGAGCGAUGUGUACCGCGUGUGGAAGCGGGGUGAGAGCCUGCGAGUAGACACCAGUCUCCUGGGCUUCGAGCACAUGACCUGGCAGCGGGGCCGGAGGAGCUUCAUCUUCAAGGGCCAGGAGGCAGGAGCCCUGGUGAUGGAGGUGGACCAUGACCGGCAGGUGGUGCACGCGGAGACGCUGGGGCUCGCUCUGCAGGAGCCCGAAGCACUGCUGGCCGCCAUGCGGCCCAGCGAGGAGCAUGUGGCCAGCCGCCUCACCUCUCCUAUCGUCUCCACCCACCUGGACACUCGUAAUGUGGCCUUUGAGAGGAACAAAUGUGGUAUCUGGGGCUGGCGGUCUGAGAAGAUGGAAACUGUUAGCGGCUACGAGGCCAAGGUGUACAGUGCCACCAACGUGGAGCUGGUGACACGCACACGCACGGAGCACCUCUCUGAUCAGGACAAGUCGAGGAGCAAAGGGGGGAAGACUCCGUUCCAGUCCUUCCUGGGGAUGGCCCAGCAGCACUCCUCCCACACCGGGGCCCCUGUGCAGCAGGCAGCUAGCCCCACCAACCCCACAGCCAUCUCUCCUGAGGAGUACUUCGACCCCAACUUCAGCCUGGAGUCACGGAACAUUGGCCGCCCCAUCGAAAUGUCCAGCAAAGUACAGAGGUUCAAGGCCACACUGUGGCUGAGCGAAGAGCACCCGCUCUCCCUGGGCGACCAGGUGACACCCAUCAUUGACCUAAUGGCCAUCAGCAAUGCUCACUUUGCCAAGCUGCGCGACUUCAUCACCCUGCGCCUUCCACCUGGCUUCCCCGUCAAGAUUGAGAUUCCCCUUUUCCACGUGCUCAACGCUCGCAUCACCUUCAGCAACCUGUGUGGCUGUGACGAACCCCUGAGCUCCGUGUGGGUGCCGGCCCCCAGCUCUGCUGUCGCCGCGUCAGGGAACCCUUUCCCGUGUGAGGUGGACCCCACUGUGUUUGAGGUGCCCGAGGGGUACAGUGUGCUGGGCACGGAGCGCAGCGAGCCCCUCAGAGAUGAGGACGAUGACCUCCUGCAGUUCGCCAUCCAGCAGAGCCUGCUUGAAGCGGGCACCGAGGCGGAGCAGGUGACCGUCUGGGAAGCCCUGACCAACACCCGGCCUGGUGCCCGCCCUCCUCCCCAAGCCACAGUUUACGAGGAACAGCUUCAGCUGGAGCGGGCCCUCCAGGAAAGCCUGCGGCUGUCCACAGAGCCCAGGGGCCCAGGAUCCCCUCCCAGGACACCCCCAGCCCCCAGCCCACCCAGCUUUGAAGAGCAACUUCGCCUGGCCCUGGAGUUGUCUUCACGGGAGCAGGAGGAGCGGGAGCGGCGCGGGCAGCAGGAGGAGGAGGACUUACAGCGGAUCCUGCGGCUGUCACUCACCGAGCACUGAGCCACAGCCCCGGGAGGGCUGGCCAGGCCACUCCCUGCCUGCUUUUGUAAUUUAUUUAUUUAUAAACUCUGCUGCUGGGCUUGGGGCCUGGAGCCCCAGGGAUGGGCGGGCAGGGGAGACAGAUGGAAAUAAAGAGACUGUCGCAGCA